AUGAGUGAACAUGUAUCUUUCGGACACCAAUGGUACAACAAACUUUGUUCAAAGGAUAAACAAUAUCCGAGCAAUGAUGAAUAUCAACUUAUCUUUCAAUUUGAUAGGGAUAAGUUGUUUUAUUCCCCGAAGUACACAGGUGAAUUUCUAUUCCGGAAAUUUUAUUAUUCAAAAAAACCAUCAAAACCAUCAAGACCACCGAAUGCCUUUUUUACGUUUAGAACCGUGCUUGGUUUGGUGGCGAAAGAUAUGUGUAUCUCCGUAGGCGAUGGAAUAACAUUUAGUAGAUUGGCCGGCUUUAUGUGGGGUGGCGCUAAUGAUAACGAAAAAAACAUAUAUCAUUCAUUCUCUGAAGAAAUUAAAAAAUUACAUGAUGCCAAAUAUCCUGAUUAUAAAUACAGGCCUGAACGCAGCAAUUCAGCUCGGUACAAUUUUUCAAAUAAAACCGCUAAAGAUUAUGAACAAGUACAAGAUAAUACAUACACACCUUUGAUCGAAUCGAACAUUUUACGGCCAUCAACCUCCAUUCCAUCUAUUGCUGUAAAUUGUCCCCAAAUGGCGGAAUAUGAUCCAAACAUGUCUCAAUCCGUUCGUCCACCUGAAUAUUUAAGCAUAAAUGGGGACCUAUCACCUCCUUCUCUACACAUGUUAGAGGGUGUCCAUAAUAUCAUGGCUUAUAAAGGAAUCUUUAAGUUUUAA